AUGUCUGAAGAUGGGGACGAUGACCGUGAUGAUAUUCUGCCACCACCACCAUUGAUAAGAGAGUUGGGCCGCCACAAGAGAAAUCAUCCUUUAUGCAUUGGUAGAGCUCGAGAUUGGUUGUUUGAUCUAUCAUCUCGCUCAAUCAAAACAUGGAACGACUUAGAGGAGCAGUUCUUGCGUAAAUUCUUUCUAGAAUCAAAGGCUGCAAAUCUAAGAAUAGCUAUUAGUAGCAUCAAGCAGAGGCAACAAGAGUGUUUGUCUGAUUAUUGGGAGAGAUUUCAACAAUUAUGUCAUAGAUGUCCUAACCACGGAUUUUCUGAUUAUCAGUUGCUCAUUAAUUAUUUUUAUCGUGGUAUGUCUUCUUUUGACAGGAGGAUUGUUGAUGCUGCUUGUGGAGGAAGUUUGACCAACAAGACCAUGGAUGAAGCAAAACAACUGAUUUUUGAUAUGGUCUCCAAUAGUCAACAAUAUGAGGAUGAGGAUGAUGAUAGGUACAUGCCGGUCAACAGAGCAGAAGAUGCAUGUGUGAAUGAGAAACUCGAUGCUCUAACUUCCUUAGUUAGAGGCUUUGUUGGAGCUCAAAUUCAGAAGGAUAAUCAUCCAAAUUUCAGCUGGAAUCAUUCGCCUGAAUUUUUCACCAGCGCACAGCCGCAGGCUGGGCGGUAUGCCCAUACCGACCGCCCAGAGCCCAGUAUGAGCGAUAUUCUUAAAAGUCUGGAACAGAGCAGUCAGAUUAUUAAUAAUCUCGUACAAAGUCAGCAAGCUUUCCAGCAAGAGACGCAGGCUGCGUUGGGUAGUAUGGGCACACAGAUCACUCAACUCACCACUCAAGUGAACAAGUUGCAAGCCAAUCAUGGAAAACUUCCAUCGCAAGAAGUACAUCCCAAGGAAUAUGUUUAUGCUAUGAAUUUAAUGAGUGAGGAAGAUUUCUUUGAUCCAAAGCCCAUGGAAGAUGAAAAUGAGACGAAAGAGCAAGAAAGUGCUCAAAACGAUGAAGUUGUCGAAGAGGCACAACAAUAUGAAAAUAUCUCUUCUUCCGAGGUUGGCCCAAAACAAGGAAAAAGAAUGUGGCAGGGAGAUUCUGAAAAUAUUCACGAUGAAUAA